AAUUUUUUCAGAUCACCUGCCCCCUAGAUUUUAAAACAUUUCUCCGGAAAAGCUGCUUCCCGCACGACGAACCCCGUAGUGGGGCAUCGUACCUGGUUCCUAUAUAACGCCCUGGUUUUUUUGCAUUGAUUCCCCGCCCUCUGCCUACUCUCUCCCACCAUGGCAAAGCUCGCUCGUGUUGAAGACAGACCUACCCCUCCAGAAGUAUACGGCUGGCGGGUUUAUAUGAAUGGCUUCAUUGCUACCUUCGCCGCUGUUAUGAUUGGAUACGACUCUGCCUUCAUUGGCACUUCCAUUUCUCUCGCCAGUUUCAAGAGUGAAUUCGACCUCACCAAAAAAACGACGAGCGAGUUCAACCUCAUCUCGGCAAACAUCGUGUCCUUGUAUCAGGCAGGCUGCUUCUUUGGCGCAAUUUUCGGCUAUCCCAUUGGCUACUAUUUGGGACGCAGAUGGGGUCUUUUCUUCGCUGGUUUUGUAUUCUGUGUCGGUGCCGCCAUGCAGACUGCCGCUUCGUCUAGCACGGGUCUUGGCAUCAUAUACGCGGGACGGGUUAUUGUCGGCCUAGCAAUUGGCACAGCAUCGAACUUAGCCCCCAUUUACGUUGCUGAAAUCGCGCCUCCCGCCAUCCGUGGCCGACUCAUUGGCCUAUAUGAGCUUUGCUGGCAAAUCGGUGGGACAGUUGGAUUCUGGAUCAACUAUGGUGUUACGCGCCACAUAGCUGCAGGCCACACACAAUGGCUUAUCGCCUUCGCCGUUCAGCUUGUUCCGGGAGGCCUCCUUUUCCUUGGUGCUCCGUUCUUGACAGAGUCUCCUCGUUGGCUUGUCUCUCGCGACCGCAACGACGAGGCGCUCGAAAGGCUUGCAUGGCUCAGGCACCUUUCUCCUUCGCACCCUUAUGUCGCUGAAGAGUUCGUCGCGAUUGAAGAGACCAUCAAGCAUGAACGGAGCCUGGCAGGUGCCGGCUUCCUUGGUCCCCUCAAGACAGUCUUCGAGAGUAAGAAGCUGCUCUACAGACUAUUCCUUGGGGCCAGCUUGUUCGCCUGGCAGAAUGCCACAGGUAUCAACGCGAUCAAUUACUAUUCGCCUACGAUCUUCAAGUCUAUCGGUGUCACUGGUCAGAAUGCUUCACUUCUCACCACUGGGGUCUAUGGUAUCAUCAAAUUGGUCGGCGCUCUUCUGUGGCUGCUAUAUGUUGUCGAUUACUUUGGUCGGCGGCGGAUCCUCUUGAUUGGUUCUCUUGGUGGUGCCAUCAGCAUGUACUAUAUUGGCGCCUACAUCGCCAUUGUCAAACCCGCAGAGCAUCCCACAUCGACCCUCACUGCUGGAGGCAAGAGUGCUAUCGCUUUCUUCUACAUCUGGACUGCUUUCUACUCUCCGUCAUGGAAUGGGACGCCAUGGGUCGUUGGUGCUGAGUUCUUCCCUCAACAUGUCAGGACAUUCACUCAAGCCUGCAUGGCUGCAAGUAACUGGCUGUUUGCCUUCCUCAUCGCCCGCUUCACGCCUCAGAUGUUUACGGCAAUGGGAUACGGCGUAUAUAUCUUCUUUGCGAGCCUGAUGAUCCUUUCCAUCUUCUACGUUUACUUCCUCCUUCCUGAGACAAAACAAAUACCCUUAGAGCACAUGGAGGAUCUCUUCGCUCCCGGAGUCAAGCCUUGGCGCGCCCACGAUAUCGUCAUGGCCAAGAUCAGAAAUGAGAAUGGGAUGUGUGCGUCGGGCAAUAAUUCAUCGGAGUAUGUAGCGGACGAGAAGGUCGAUCAGGAACAAGUUGAGACUGUUUAAUGUCUCCAUACCCGGAUCUAUUAAUGAGAUUUAUACAAGUAGUUUAAGUACCCCAAUCUCUGUAACGCGUUUGUUAAUGUCACUUUCAUGGAUGUACGAAUAUAUGCAGCACAUUAUUAAUACUAUGGCUCUUUACCGAAGCUUUUUCUCUGCUCCUGUUCCAAACCCUCCGA